AUAUCUUCCUGACCUGGAAGAUAAACACGACUGUCUCCAAUUAAUGUCCCAAGAGACAGCAGGGUUUGAUCACGUGGUAGAUACUCCCUUAGAAAACCCAGAUUUAGAGCUCUUUGUGGAUGGAUCGCGGUAUGGUGUCCAGGGGAAGUUCUAUACUGGGUAUGCAGUUGUCACUCAGCACGAUACGAUCAAAGCGGAAUCACUGCCCUCUCACAUGUCUGCACAAGAAGCUGAACUUAAAGCUUUGGAAGAGGCCUGCAGGUAUGCAGAGGGAAAAACUGCAAAACAUCUAUACAGAUUCCAGGUAUGCUUUUGGGAUCACCCAUGAUUAUGGUCCAAUUUGGAAGGCUAGAGACUUCCUUACAGCAAAUGGCAAACCAAUUAAAAAUAGAAAAGGGGUGAAAGCCCUAAUGGACGCUCUGCUGUUGCCAACGAGGGUGGCCAUUAUGAAAAUGAAAGGCCAUUCGUCAGGAAAAACUCUUGAAGCUCGGGGAAAUCAUCGAGCUGAUCUUUCAGCAAAAGCUGCUGCACAGAAACCCAGAGAUGAUCCUGUAGGGAUAGCAGCAGUACAACAGCAAAUUUCCCUGCCAGUCAACUAUGAAACAUUUAAAACCUUACAGUCUCAAGCAACCAAAGAGGAAAAGGCAGUAUGGCUAGAAAAAGGAGCUGUGAUGACCCCAAAAGGAACAUGGGAACUUAGAGGAAAGCUGUGUUUGCCCCGUGCCUUGUUCCCAGUCACAGCCCAGGCCACUCAUGGGAAUACUCACCUGUCCAAAACUGCGAUGACUGCUCUUGUUAAUAAUCACUGGUAUGCCCCAGGAUUCACUCAGGCUUGUAUGAUUUGUGCACAUCACAACAUAGGAAGGACGGUAAAAACACCUUUGAGGCACACUCCCAGGCCCGAUUUUCCCUUCCAAAGACUGCAAAUAGAUUACAUCCAACUACCCAAAGUGGGGACCCUAGAAUACGUCUUGGUAUGUGUAGAUCUGUUUUCAGGGUGGCCAGAAGCCUAUCCUGUGGCCAAAGCCACUGCACAAAACACAGCCAAGAAACUUCUGAAUGAGAUAGUUUGCUGGUAUGGGGUCCCAGAGACAAUUGAGAGUGACCGAGGUUCUCACUUUACAGGGGAGGUCAUGCGUGAAAUUAUGGGAGUCCUGGGUAUUGAACAAGCCUUCCAUACUGCGUAUCACCCACAAAGCAGCGGUAGAGUACAGCGACUCAACGGCACAAUUAAAUCAAAAAUACAGAAGGCCAUGGCUGAACUGAAAAAGCCAUGGACAGAGUGUCUACCCUUGGCACUUUUCUCCACCUGGUAUACCCCAACCGGAAGACAGGCCUGAGUCCAUAUGAAGUACUCUUUGGGAAUGCCCCUAGAUUAGGACUCUAUUUUCCACAACAACUCCAGAUGCAGCAUAAUAGUCUUUCAAAGUACGUUAUCUGUCUUACAAACAGACUGUCUAAUGUGUAUUCCCAAGUUUUUGCUUCUCUUCCAGAUCCAGACAGCAUAGAGGCAACUCAUUCUCUACAACCAGGAGAUUGGGUAGUGGUGAAACGACACGUGCGGAAAGUCCUAGAACCACGAUUUGAGGGUCCACAUCAAGUACUGUUAACCACCGCCACUGCUGUCAAGUUGGAAGGAAAGCCUAAUUGGGUCCACGCAUCUCACUGCAAAAAAAGAUUCGUAAAUUAUACACGAGAUGCAGUAAAAGGAAUAGCGGAACAACUGAGCUCUUCAUCGGUGAUGGCGUUACAGAAUCGACUGGCCCUCGACAAGAUCCUAGCGAAAAAAGGAGGCGUCUGCAAGAUGAUUGGAAGAUCCUGCUGCACCUUUAUUCCGAACAACACUGCCCCUGACGGAAGCAUCACAAAGGCUUUGAAUGGACUGACUGCUUUAUCAAAUGAACUAGAGGAAAACUCUGGGAUCAACAACCCCAUUAAUUCAUGGCUAGAACAGUGGUUUGGGAACUGGUCUAGUCUGUUAAUGACACUGGUGGUAGUAUUUGUGGUAUUGGCAUUAAUAGGGUGUUGUGUGAUUCCUUGUUUUAGAAUUUUUUUUUUUAAAUGUUCAAUUCAACCACACCUGCAACAACCAUGUACAUGCAUUGUGACACUGACAAACCUAAAGAUUAUUUGGAGAACCUCUUUGAGGAACGCAAUUCCGUCCUAAAACAAAUGAAAUCUUGUUGAUAGUUGCGGAAUAAAUAGUACCAGAUGAAGGCAAACCCGAUUGGGAGUUGGGGGGACCUGGUGAAGCAAUAAGGAAAGUUCAGCUCUUCGCCGUUUAGGGCGUUGGGAGAGUACCUCACAUUGCUUAUUCAUCUUGUAUCUAUUUACCGCAAAAAGGAGGGAUUUGUGAGAGACAAGAUUUUAUUUCUGCUGUAGUACACAUUUGUCUCCACUAGAUGGCAAAAAUCAAUUAGGAGCCUCGUGUACAUUUUCUUUGUUCUAAGAUCAUUAGUGAAAGAAAGGAGGAGUUAAGUUGCUAGUUUCAAAUGUGCCAAUCAAACUCAGGAAUAAAGUUAGUAAACUACUCCCUUUUUGUCACAGAGCCAAUAAACUUUCAUCUAGGACCACCCUUUUGUCUACCUCAUAUUG